AUCAGACGCAAUGGCAAUGCUGUGUUGGUGGUUUGUGUAACACAAUAGACUCAUUUAUCAUGAGAGAAAAUGUAAACUACUCUAAAGUGGACAGUUGUUUUGUUGGCACUGCUACAGACGCAAUUGAGACACCGUGUGGAGACUUGUCUAAUAUGUGUCUGACCAUCACUGAUACCAUGGAAGGUGAUAACGCCACAGCAUACUACUGUGGUAAUGAGACGCUGCAGAGUUACUGUCAUCAGGAUGGUGCAUUGAGGGAAGGAUCGUUCGAGCAAAAGGGUACCAAUAUGACUGUGCGCUGCUGUGGGUCCACAAACUGCAACACACCUGCCCCUCCAUCCACACCAGCUCCUUCGUCAAUGACUCCAAAUUCCUCGGCAGUGACAAAUUCGUCCACAGCAGCUAUGUCUUCCUCAGCAGCUACCCCACCACCGACGGCUACGCCACCACCGACGGCUACGCCCCCACCGACUGCUACCCCUCCACACACGGCUACCCCUCCAUCCACAGGCGCCCCCAAAACGUCUUCCGCUCCUAAAGCAACAGCUAAACACAGUAACAAGAUACUCAUCGGAGGAGUAGUAGGAGCCUUUGUAGUGGGCAUCCUUGGGGGUGUCAUCGUGACGGUCAUCAUCUGCAGACGUCGGAGUAGUUCCGUAGCUAGACCUGGAGAGCUUCUGGCCUUUGAUAACUUCCACUACAAACGCAUGGGUGCCGACGAGGUCAACGAAGAGGUGUUCAUGUCAUAGGUUAGGGGUCAACACUUUAAUACAGAGGCCUUAUGCAAAUGGAUGGGAGAGGGGGGGGGGCUUAAUUGCAGAAUACUAUAUCAUGCAUAUUAAGCUUAAAGCCAAUCUGCACUAGUUUGGCCAGGGGGGAUUAGACCUCCCUGCAAGAUCAUUGACAGGUGGUUAUCUCAUCAAAUCAGCUCUCAAUUAAGAU